AUGGACUGCUCCUUCCAGGACCGCCACCACCAGGUGCCCACCGUCAGCGUCCUCCCCACCUUCACCGCCUCCUACGCCCAGCCGCAGCCGCAGCCGGCGGUGGCGCCCGGCUUCGACUGCCUCAGCGAGGUCUACGGCGCCGCCGCGGCGUUCGGCGGGCCCAAUGCCGGCGACUACGGCGGCGAGAUGGGGUUCCUUGACGUCGUCGAGCCCAAGACGGCGGCGGCGCUGGUGGACGGCGGCGGCGGCGGCGCCACCGCGGGCCUCGGGGUCUGCAAGGUGGAGCCCGGCCUGGCGGAGAGCGGCGGCGCGUUCGGCCCUGGCCCCGGCGUCGCGCGCCGCCGCCGGCUCCGGCGUCCAAGAAGAAGAGGGUCGAGGGAUGCCGUCCAAGAACCUGAUGGCCGAGCGCCGCCGCCGCAAGCGCCUCAACGACCGCCUCUCCAUGCUGCGCUCCGUCGUGCCCAAGAUCAGCAAGGUGAGAAGGCCAAAAAAAAUCUCUCCUUUUCUUGGUUCUUGUCCUCCUCGGCCAAGAAAGGACAUUUGCAUCAACAGCAAACAAAUAAUCUAUCUAUCUAUCUAUGGCGGCUGGGCUGA